AUGGGUGACUCAGCCCCAACCAUCACCUCAAAGCAGUCUCUUAUCCUAGACUUGCCCCCAAGUUGCAUGGAGUUUUGCUCCUCACAUCCGUCCUAUUUCGUGCUCGGCACCUACAACUUGGUCAAGGAAGAGGAGACAACAACCGAGUCGUCAGAAAACGCAGAUGUUGCUGUUCCCAAGAAACCUCAGAACCGGAACGGUAGCUUGAUUAUAUACCGGCUCGUAGACGGUCUUGUGCAACAUGUGCAAACACUCUUGCAUCCUUCAGCGAUUCUUGACCUGCACUUCUGCCCAUCAUCAGGGCGGCAGGACAUCCUGGCCGUAGUUUCGAGCACGGGAACACUUUCCAUCUUCAAGUUGAAUCCUGAAACCGACGCUUCAGAGCCAUUGAAGCAUUUGGCAACGAGCGGAAUAUCCGACGUCCCUGAAGGGGUUCUGUUCCUCUCUGGGGUCUGGGAUCCCAACAACGCUGCCUCUAUUGCGCUGACAACCUCAUCUGGUGAGGUGCGCAUUGUGAGACUCAGCGAUUCAUGGGAGAUCAUAGACGAAGAGGACUCGGAGGCUAUCAUCACGCAUUCUCUCGAGGCCUGGACUGUGGCUUUCUCGCCACCCGAUCAAACCACGCCAUUCAUCCUCUACUCGGGAGGAGACGACUCGGCGUUGCGCUACACAUCGUGUUCUCGCAACGAAGAUGCCGGUAUCGAGGCUCUGUAUACGCCCCUUAACGUCCCCGGCCAUGGUGCUGGCGUGACGGCUAUCCUUCCGAUACCACUCACGCUCGCAGACAACUCGCGACUACUAGUCACUGGCAGUUAUGACGACACAAUAAGAGUUUUCUCCGUGCAACCGCCGCACGAGACAUAUGGUAUGCGGAAGGUCAAAAGUCUGGCAGAGGAAAAUCUAGGAGGGGGAGUAUGGAGGCUCAAGUUGAUCGACAUGACAAGCACUGCGGAUCGAUGCCGACUGCGCGUUCUGGCAUCAUGCAUGCAUGCCGGAGCCAGAGUUGUUGAACUCGAAGGUCCGCUGAGUGGCGAAGCCUGGGCUGUUACUGUCCUGGCCCAGUUCGAGGAACACAAGAGCAUGAAUUACGGCAGCGACUUUGUACCUGCGCCGGGAAGCAAUCGUCUUGAGUGUGUGUCGACGAGCUUCUAUGAUAAGCUCUUGUGCCUGUGGGAGGUAGAACUGGCCUAG